CUGCAGCUCACCCCACUGACGAUCUCCCUCUACUGGCACAUGGCACACCGGACGACCGCCAAGCCUGCUGACACGAACCAGUUCACUAAAUCUCUCACCAUCACCUCCACAAUGCUGAGCCGCGACCCCCGCUCGCGGCCGCUCCUCGUGCUCUGCGCCGUCGUCGCGUUUCUCCUCAUCGGCCCCCUCGGCAUCUACCUGCACCCGGGGAGCCGGCAGAGCGUGGCGUCGUACGUGACGGACAAGCACGCGCAGUGGUUCGCGCCGCCGCUCGAUAUCCCCUGUGAUCCCAACGAGCAGCCGGGAUACCCCCACCCCGGCGACUUCCACUGGGUGACGGAAAACCCGCAGUGCCCCGGCGACGAGUUCUACAACGCGCUGCGCGGCACGCCGCGCGACCAGCUGUGGUGGACGUUCCCCGAGUUCCGGAACAAGAGCGUGCUGCUGGCCGGCGACAGCGUUGGCCGGCACCUCUUCGAGACGCUGUGCGGCGACUACUUCCAAGCGCCCAUCGUCAACGAAGACGUGCCCGGCUGGAAGACGCAUUACGGGUGGACGAGCACGUGCGUCCAGCAUGAUUUGGGCCUCAAGAUCGCCAUGAUUCACAUCUACGGCAUGGCGAACACGUCCGACCCCGCCGUCAAUGCCGUGCUGGACAAGACGUACAUCGGCGCAGACUGGGACCUGCAGAGCCGCGUCACGCGCUGGUGGAACACGACGCUCAAGGGCUUCACACCCGACUUUGUGCAGCUCAACUCGGGCGCGUGGGACUAUCGCUACUGGUUCAUCCGGGAUAUGCUGGAGGGCAAGUCGCACGACGACCUCCCGCUCGCGGACCGCGAGACCAACGCUGCGAUGGCGAUCCAGAGCCUCAACUUUUUCCGCAGCCUCUGGCCAGACGCCCGCAUGUGGUACAUGCACAUGUCGAUGAUGAACGAGGACGAUAUCAGGUUGAAGAUUGCGCACGGCAAGACCUUUGUGGCCAAGGGCGCCGAUGUGAACGACACCAAGUCAUAUCCCGCGCUGUACACAUGGCGGCGGCAGUCGCAGUACCGCGCGACGAUGCGGACACGGAUUGCUGAGGCGGGGUGGGAUUCAUUGGAUGUGAGUGGCGAGUGGCGAGUGGCGAGUGGCGAAUGGCGAGUCGCGAGAUGGCAGAGGCAGUGAAGCUACCCAGGCCCGACGAAGCCCACAACCACUAACCCCAGUAUGUCCGCAUCCAGAGCGUCAUGUCGCGCGACUGGUUCAGCAACCCCACAGACGUGAUCCACCCUCAGUACAAAGCCAAGCGUGUCAUGUCGUCCAUGAUCCUGUCC